AUGGCUAGUGAUAUUCCAACUGAACAAAUAGAGUGUACAGUAGAAGCGAUUCCAACCUUUGACGGAAUGGGCAUCAAAGACGAGCUCCUCCGUUCGAUCUAUUCCUUUGGUUUUGACAAGCCAUCAGCCAUCCAGCAACGUGCUAUUGUCCCAAUGAUGAAGGGAAGAAACUUGAUUGCUCAAGCCCAGUCUGGCACUGGAAAGACUGCUGCCUUUUCGAUUGGUGUUCUUCAACAAAUCGACAUCUCUUCGAACGUCUGCCAGGCUAUUCUCCUCUCCCCGACUCGUGAACUUGCUCUCCAGACUCAGUCUGUAGUCAAGUCUCUUUCUCAAUACCUCGACAUUAAAGUGUUUGCUUGCAUUGGUGGAACAUCUGUUAGAGAAACCAUUGACUCCUUGAAGGACGGUGUUCAAGUCAUUGUCGGUACUCCGGGCAGAGUCUUGGAUAUGCUUGACAGAGGAGCGAUCAACCCAAAUACAGUCAAGAUCCUUAUUCUUGAUGAGGCCGAUGAAAUGUUGUCUAAAGGGUUCAAGGACCAGAUGUACACCAUUCUUAAGACUUUACCAGCUACUGUCCAAGUCGGUAUGUUCUCAGCUACUAUGCCCCUCGAUGCUCUUGAGAUCUCAAGAAAAUUCAUGGACAACCCCGUCAAAAUUUUGGUCAAGAAGGAGGAGUUGACACUUGAAGGUAUCAAGCAAUUCUUCAUCGAUGUUAACAAGGACGAGUACAAAAUCGACACUUUGAUCGAUUUGUACCAAGUCAUCUCCGUCAACCAAUCCGUCAUCUUCUGUAACUCGAAGAGCAGAGUCGAAUGGAUCCAAAGAAGACUCCAAGCCCAUAACUACCCGGUCUCUAUCACUCACGGUGAUUUGACUAUGGAAGAGAGAAACAAAGUCCUCACCGAGUUCAGACAAGGCACAACCAGAAUCUUGAUCACAACCGAUAUGUUGUCCAGAGGUAUCGAUGUCCAACAAGUCAGUUUGGUCAUCAACUUCGAUAUGCCAGUCUCUGACGAGAGUUACAUCCACAGAAUUGGUAGGUCUGCUCGUUUCGGAAGAAAGGGUGUCGCCAUCGACUUCAUCACUACUGAGGAGAAGGAAACCAUCGAGAGACUCCAAAAGACUUACGAGACUAAGAUCGUACCUUUGCCAAAGACCUUCAUGGACUACCUUUAA